CGCCAUUGGCGGUCGGUCCUGGUCGAAAAAGAACAGGACGUGUUCCAUACACAUCGGGAGAAUCGUCGUCAACGAUAUUGUGACAUAGUAAAAAAUAAAAAAAAAUAAAAGAAAACCGUACGCUAGUCCGGAUUUAUCGGUGGGCAUCACGCGGAUGAGACAUUAAAUUGACCAGUUCAAACAACAAUGGCAUCGCGAAGGUGGAUGCUACCGCUGCUGAUUUUGGGAACCGGCGCGAUCGCGUCGGUUACCGCGGCUCGGCAAUCGAACCGGGAGUCCUUGAGGAGCGCCCUGGACGCAGUCGCGCGAAAGCAGAGAUCCCUGGACGCGGCGGACACGCCGGAAUACUAUAACGAUCUCCAUUCGUUCAAGUAUCACGGCGGCGGCGCCGACCGCAAGUUCAAUCGCGACUUCGACGAGGAGGACGAGGAGAUCGAGUUCCUGCCUGGCGAUAACGGGCAGUUAGAAACGGCGGGGGAGGGUCUGCAGGGUCUGAACAACAAGUUGUUCGAGAGAGCAUUGCUCGAUUAUUUGGAGAACUUGCCCGAGCAGGAAGAGCCGGUAGCUUCGAUUUUUCGCGAACGCGAGCGAAGCGGUAGCCGCAAACGAGGCGGCGCCGACGAUCGAUUGAAUCUAGACGACAAGGAUCUGGCGAGGCUGUUCUUAGAGGAACUGCAGGACGGUUCUCCGUACGGUUCGCUCGACGACAUGGACGAUGACGAGUAUUUAACCGCUUUACAAACGCUUUACGACAGAUACAGAGCUGGUAGAGGGAACAAAGUAUACGAAACGGCAGGACCAAUGUCUUGGGGCGAACUGCUUAGCAAAUACUCAUCGCUAAGGAAGAACGACGAUGAAGAGAUCGCGGAUCAAAAUCAGAACAUCCUGUAUUUGCCACCUACGCUGGAACGUAGAAAUGUGAACGGUCGAUAUCCUAUCGGUCGCGAGUUUGGCAACUAUCGCAGGCUGACGAAGCGGUAUCCGGUCGCUAAGAGAAGCCCCAGACCCACCCAGACUAAGCUAAAGACCACGGAUCCUAAGGUUGCUCAAGACCUGGGAGCUUUAUUCGGCACGCAAUCCACGGACACGCACAAUCAUACUCAUAAAUCCGAUCAUAGUCACGAACACGAUCACGAACAUAUUCCCAAACGCGAUCACGUACACGAUCAUGUCCACGAUCAUGAUCACGAACACGAACAUGAACACGAUCACGGUCACGAGAGCACUUCGGAAACGCCGCCGAAAGUGACGCCGUCUCCGAAGGAUCAAAAGGAAAACGCUACGAAGCAGGCCAAAUCAAAAUUCAUCCAAGUGAGAAAGAAGAGUGUCGAUUGGUCGCAAUAUUUCGGCAUCGAUCGUAGAAAGAAGAAGGCUACUUUCACGGCCGGACAGAAUACGCAAAAUCAGGAUGACGAGUGGAUGUUGCAGCGUUAUUACGAAAAUAUGGCCGAGAAUUUAAAAUCGAAGAAUGACGAGAACGAGGGAAAGGAAAACCUCGAACAGAUGGAUUCAAAAUUGAAAUACAUUAAAGAUUUGAUUAUCGAGGAAGCUUUGAAAUACGCUAAUUUGGAGGAUGAGACGGAUCUGCAAAAGGUGAAGGAUAAAUUAAUGGCGCGAAUGGCGGCGGCCUACUCGCUGCAGAAGAUGCGCAAGGCGUUGAACGAGCUCCGAAAUAAUAUCGCGGCUCAGAAAGAAGCGGAAAGGAUGCAGGAGAAUAAUCAGACGUCAAAUUUCCGCGAGAAUAGCAAUGGUAACGCAAACAGCAACAGCGACAAUGGUGGUAGAACGGAUGAUAAACGGAGCAGUAUCAAUAAUAAUAUAGACGACCGCGAAUUCAUCGAGGAAUCUAGAAGCUGCCCGGAAUUAGAAGCCAUUAAAUGGCGAUGCCGAAACGUGGACAAUCUCGCCGGCGAUACAUUUCGGAUGCUUUACGUGCCCUGCGUGAAGCUACAGAUCUGUAAAGCUUGCGCACAGGAUGAGGAAUUGACGACGUUGUUACCCUGCGCCGUCAAUUACGCGCUGGAGGCCCGCAAGGUGUGUGACGCAUUGGAUUCCAGGGAAGGACAGUUAUCGUCGAAUCGAUUGACGGCGGCGACGGCCGAGACCCGCUAUGACGAGCGACAAUCGUGCGCGAACACCGCGGUGCUCUUGUCGCAGCUACAGCCGACGACGACCGCGUCUGCCAAGUGUCGCGCGGGUUCUGAGCGCGACUCCUGCAUACGGCAUUACCACGCGCGAUAUCGAUACUUCCGCGAGCCGCCGGUGGCACCAAAUCAUCGUCCGCAUCACGCGGGCGCCCUCGACGCGUUGCAGCAAACCAUGUCCAAGCGAUAAGAACGAGACCACGUGGGUGGAGGCUCCGGUUCCGCGCCGGCGAUAUUACGGUCCGACCGCCAAUUGUCCGGAUAUUGUCCGAACGAUUCAUUUCCCCCUGAAAUCUAAUCUACGAGAUUUGAAUAUGGAGAUCCAUUAUGAUUUUUAUUGAUUUAUAUUAAGACCUUGUUGUUAUUAUAUAUACAUAUUUAUAUUGUUUGAUAAUUGUGAUUCUUAAGUUUAUCUCUUUUAAGAUUCAUUCUGAGAAUAUUUCGUCCGGAUAAUCGGCGGUUCACCGUAAAAGGAUGUUCGCAUAAUAAAGAAUGAAUCAAGAAAUCAACCCUCAGCGGAUAUCGUGAAUUUAUAAAUUUCUGUAAUUUCUAAUGAGCCUUCAUUUAGAGACAAAAAUAUUCAAAAGAGACUUAUAAAGAACUGAUUUUAAUCAUAUCAUCUUAUAUGUGUGCGUGCGGUAUGUAAUAUGAAUGUAUGCGUCUAAGAUUUUUUUUUUUGCAUUUUAUUAUCAAUUGCUGCAAUUUUUCUUUUUUAAUUAAUGGAGUCUCUGAGAGACCUCCCGGUAUUCGUUGAGGGUUAAUAGGCUGGCACACGAAAGGUUAAUUCUCGAAUCGAAAUAAACUGGAUUAGACUAAUUAGUGGAAAUUUUCGUUUGUCGGAAUAAGAGUUGAAAGAAGAAAAACAUAAUUUGAUUGUCCGUUUUCUUUCGAUUUGAGACCAACCGCGAAUUCAGAUCUCGAACAAAUACGACUUGACUUGAUCCAGCUCCUUUUACACACGACGCUCCUUCAUGAUUUUAGAUAUAAAAAUUCUUUGUCGGCAAAAUUUCAAAGAAUUCCCAAUUAAUAGAAAAAUAAUUUUAAAACAAUAAUUCUAAAAAAAUAUAUAUAUUUAAUUAGCGAAAUAAUGCGUUUUAUCUGUUAAAGAAAUUGAAGAAUCUUAAAUUCGAAAAUAAGUAGAUAAUAUAUUUAAUUAACGAGAGACAAAAAAGGCAUUUUAUCUAUUUGCGAGGUGUGCUAUUCGCGCGAACGGCUUUUCAAACCACGACCUCCUUUCUCUUCCGCUGAACUGAACAACGAGACUAAUGAAUUAUAGGGACAAUAAUAUAACGAGACUCGCAACACAGAUCACAAUCACGACGACACACCGAACCUUUUGCGUACAUACGACAUGUUUGGACGAGCGCCUCGCAAAUGAAAUCGGAUGUAAAGUCGAAUGGAAAUAUGUAAGCAUAUGUAAAUUAAGUAUAUAAAGAGCAAGAAAACGAAAAAAUAAAAAAACAUGUCGCCGCGAGCGCGUCUACUUCCUCUAACUUCCGUAUAUGUGUGUAAAAAAAAAAAGAAAAAUACUCGCGUCGAAAAAUUUCAGCGAGAAUAAGACCAG